AGUUGUAACAUAUUUGAUCAUCUUGUUGGUGUUAACUAUAGGGCUGCGCGAAAUAAUAAAUAUUACUUUUAAAUUAUAGUUUUGUGAAUAAAUACAGAGUUAUAUUUGCACGAAUUUAAUAAGUUUUUAUUAUUUUAACAAGAUUAGGUACAAGUGUCCAGUGCUUUUUGAAUAUUUCAGUUUUGUGAUUUGUUUAUUUUAAUGAACUAUGAUUUGUAAUCAGAAAUUGUAACUAAAAAGUUGGUUGUUUAAAAAUACAUUUGUGUCGAGUGAAGUCUCUAGUAAAAAUGGAUAUGAAUAUGGAGAAAUUCACAUUUCAUGUUACAUCUGAAAUGUCAGUGCCUGAUAUAAAACAAUUUGCUAGCAGUCAAACGGGUAUGUCACCGAAGGAUUUUUACUUGUUGUUUAACGGUAAAAUUUUAAAUGAAAAUGKUGUUCAAAAUGGUAAUGUACAUAUUGUACCUCGGAUAAUGGGAGGCAAAGGUGGGUUUGGUUCAAUGCUUCGAGCAAUUGGUGCACAAAUUGAAAAAACAACAAAUCGUGAAGCUUGUAGAGAUUUAAGUGGUCGUCGGUUACGUGAUAUCAAUGAAGAAAAACGAGUAAAAGACUUUUUAGCCAAAGGAGGUCCUAAUACAGAAGAUCCUGAAGAGCGCAAAAAACGCAAAUUACAACGUCUAUGUCAAGUACCCAAAACAGAAUUUAAAGAUGAACAAUAUGAAAAGCAUAUGUCUGAAAUGACAGAAUCCGUUUCCAAUGCAAUAGAGUGCGGUUUCAAAGCAGGUACAUCUGAAAUUCCAACUAAGAAAAAAAUUAAACCCAAGGGAUAUUAUGAUUCCGAUUUGGAUACAGAUAGCAGCAGUGAUGAAUUAGAUGAGAAAAAUUUACCUAGUGAGUCAAUUAAUAAGGAACAAUCAGAUGAAGAACUUGAAGAAACAAAAAAUGUCAAUAAACGUAAAAGUUUAGAUUUAGAAGAUACUGAUACUAUUACCAAAAAAAAAAUUAAAGCUUAAAGCUUAACCAUUUAAAAAAA